AUGUGCGAGGAAGGCCAGCGGCGGAUGGCGGCGCGUGUGGACGAGAAGCUGGCAGGCAACGAUGCGUACUUGUGGUCGCUCGAGUUUUUCCCGCCACGCACAGCGCUCGGUCUUGCCAAUCUGCUGGCGCGUAUCUGGCGCAUGUCCACGGCGCUGCAGCCUGGUUGGGUGCAUGUGACGUGGGGCACGGGCGGAUCGACGUGCCAUGCGUCGCUGGAGCUGGCGGCUCGCGUGCAGAAUGGUGUGUAUGAUCCCGCCGAAGACUAUACAAAAGUGACUGAGCCGCGGAGUGGUGCGUGUGACGUAUGCCUGCACCUCACAUGCACCAACGUCGAGCGUUCGUGUCUCGAUGCCACACUCGAUGAGGCGAAGCGUUUCGGGAUCCGCAACAUUCUCGCACUGCGUGGCGAUUCGCCGCGCAACGAAGAGUACUGGGUUGCUACCGACCAGCGCCUCCAAAACGCCACGGAUCUCGUCAAGUAUAUUCGUGAGCGACACGGCGAUUACUUUUGCAUUGGUGUGGCUGGCCACCCGGAAGGCCUAAAGCAGGGCAUUGAUUGUGAUAUCCCGCACGAUCUGCGUGUGCUGAAGGCCAAGCAGGAUGCCGGCGCGCGCUUUAUCCUAACGCAGUUCUUUUACGAUGUCGACAAGUUUGUGCGAUGGGUGCAGGCCUGUCGAGAUGCGGGAAUUACGAUUCCUAUCAUCCCAGGCGUGAUGCCGAUUCAAAACUAUACCAUAUUUCGCCGCAUGUCCAAUCUGUGCGGUGUACAUGCGCCUGAACAUGUGCUCGCUCAACUCGAGUCCAUCAAGCUGGACGAUGCCAAGGUAAAAGACGAGGGUAUCCAGCUCAGCAUCGACAUGAUUCGUGCCGUGCGGAAGCAAACAGGAUUGAAGACGUUUCAUAUCUACACGCUGAACUUGGAAAAGAGCGCGACGUGCGUGAUCAAAGAGCUCUCAGAGGUCGCUCAGGCUGGCCAAGCGGCGCAGUCGCUGUCCAAUUCCAUGACAUGGGACGAAUUUCCCAACGGUCGUUAUACUGAUACACGCAGUCCUGCUUAUGGUGAGAUUGACGGCUACGGCGCCAGUCUCAAGGUGCCGCCCGAGGAGGCCGUGCGGCUGUGGGGCGUGCCUGUGGACGAAGACGAUAUUGCCAGUAUAUUCACGCGCUUCAUUGAGGGUCAGUUGCCGUGCAUGCCAUGGUGCGACAUCCCCGUGUGGAACGAGACGAUGGAAGUGCUGCCGUCUCUUGUGCGGCUGAAUGCGCCACGAUCGAAAGGCGGCAAAAACUGGUGGACGGUGGGCUCGCAGCCGGCGGUCGAUGGGUGUGACAGCACGGACCCCACGUACGGCUUCGGUCCACAAGGGGGCUACAUUUUCCAAAAGGCCUUUGUGGAACUGUUCCUGACGCCAGAGGACAAGGAUGCCUUGGUCAGGCAUAUUGAAGCGAACCCGUCGCCCGUCACAUACUUUGCUGGUAAGUGGGACCCAGACUCGUUCCAGACGAACCUGGAGCGCGAUGGCCUGAAUACGGUCACCUGGGGUGUCUUCCCCGGCAAGGAGGUGGCGCAGUCGACGAUCAUUGAAGAGCCGUCCUUCCGCGCAUGGUGUGACGAGGCUUUUGCUAUAUGGCGUGAGUGGGAAUUGCUAUUCCCACCCAAGUCAGCCACGCGCUCCUUGUUGCGAAAGAUUCAUGACGAGCGCUGGCUCGUUACGGUCGUUCAUCACGACUACAAACAUCCCGAUGCCCUGUGGAAGCUGCUGGACCAAGUGUAG